UUGAGCGCAUAAACCACCUCUUAACUUUUCAGGAAGUGUGAACGUCUGUCUGCUUCUGCCCGUGUUGUGCUGUUAGCUAUUGGAAACGGAGAAUUAUCAAAAUAAUAUAAAUCUAAAGAACAGCGCGUGAGAGGUAACCUCUGAGAGACGACAUAAAAACAAAGUUUACUCGCCUGUGCAAUGGCGAGUGAAUGCUCCCCAAAUGUUUAUGGGGGUCCUCCUCCCCAGUCAGAUCUUAGACUACUGCUGCUUGGAAGAGUAGGAGCUGGGAAGAGUACAGUAGCCAAAACCAUCCUGGGUAGAGAGAACUUCCGGAGUGAAGGAGGCAUGUGUGUGAAGAAGCAGGGUGAGGUGGCUGGAAGGACCGUCACCGUGGUGGACACCCCGGGCUGGGACACUGUGAAAUACACGUCCACACAUAUCAAACAAGAAAUUAAGAAUAGUGUGACCCUAUGUCCUCCAGGACCCCAUGCUCUUCUUCUGGUGGUGCCCAUGGGUGACCCACUCUCCUCCGCAGAAAGAAAGGCGAUUCGGUAUCACAUGGAGCUAUUGUCAGUUAGGGCAUGGAAGUUUACCAUGGUCUUGUUUGUCAGUGAGGCUGAGGAGAAAUGCACAUCCAUUGAACAGAAUCAGAUGAUCGACAGAGCAAAAAGUAUUCUAUUGAAAUGUGGGGACAGACACCAUCUCCUUGAGUGUGGGAAUUCUCCUCCCCAGAUUUCUGAGCUCCUGAUAAAGAUAGACGCCAUGGUAGCAGAAAACUGUGAAGAAUUCUUAAUCCCCCAAGUAUACUAUGAACUGAUGGAGACCAUGCCAAGGGAAGUGACCGAGCUGAGAAGGAUGUAUGAAGACCGAGAGGACAGACUGAAACGGAAAUACAAAACAGAGUUGAAGGAAAAGGAAGAAGAGCUGAAGAAGUAUAGAGAAGAAGAGAAGCCUAAAGAAAGGUUGAUGAAGAGGACAAGUAGCAGUCAACUACUUCCCCCCAGUAUAAGCACAGAGAAGCAGGACGGGUCGGUAAUGGCUGACCAUCAGAAGGUGGACCUACAGGCCGUCAAGCAAGGAUACAGGGAAGAGGCCUUGUCUGUUGUGGGCCACUACGUCAAACCACUAAUAGUGAUUAUGACUGCUGUAGUGGGGGCACUCAUGGGAGCAGUUGCAGGUGCAGAACAUGGAACACUUGGCGCAUGUAUUGGGAUUCCUAUAGGCAUUAUUUUGGCUGUUCUUGUGAGUUAUGCUGUCCGUGGAGCCGCCACAGCAGCAAGGGAUAUUUCCAUCACAGUCAAAGCCGAGGAAAAUGAAAGCCAGAGGAGAGAAGAGCGAGCAGGCUUCUUCUUAGAUUCUCCAAAAUCUAAAAGAUUUGAUAAGGAUCAGUGACACACUUUUGAAUGUCAACACUUUUCUAUUGCUACAGUGUGCAGUGUAUGGACUAUGCUGGAUGGACUGUGCUGUAUGGACUCUCAUGGUUCACCUGACUUGACUGGCUGACCCCAGUGAAGAGACAGGACAGACUGCCCAGCAAACCGGGAACAUACCCAGAACAUAAGAAAGGGUUUUUAUACAAAACAUCAGGCGAAUGUUUUAUACAAACAUUGUAUAAUCACCAGCACAACUGGACUCUCUCAAAUCUCUCUCUUUGUCUGUGUAACUUAUGGUUGUUGUUGUUGAGAGGUUUUUAUUAUUGUGUGGGGGUGAAUGUCUGCACCCUUUGCGACCUGAUGGAUUGUGUUGAUCUGAGUCCUACUAUACUAUUAUCUGGUGUAGUCAUGUUGUCCAGUAGAUGUAUAUUUACUCUGACAGCUGCAGAAGAGAAGGAUGAUAGUAGACUUGACAACUUCGGAAGACAUGAAUCAUUUUCUUCUCAGCUUUUUAAAUGAUCACUGUUCAAGGAUUUCCCAGAGACACAUUUAACAUACAGUACAGAAGGCUUGAGCGCGAAUGCAUAUAUUUCAGUGAAUUAAAUAAACAAAUGUGAGAUGCCAUAUACUCUGUUGCAAUAAAAAAAAAGUAAUACAUUGUGAUACAAGGAUGAAUUCAAAACGGUUCUGUUUUCAUAUUGUACUUUAUUUCAUAACUGUAUCACCACAGAAUUUCCUCUGUUGACCCACAGUUUUCUCAUACUUGAUCACUCAAAAGUCUGCACUGAGUCGCUCACUAAACCAACCUUUUACAGCGCACCUCACCCUGGUACCCAGCUAACUAGGGGAUUUUUUGCACUGAACAUUCUAUUCUAUAUUUAAUUUAUCUUUAACAUGAUUUAUUGAGCUAUAAAUGUUUUUUUUUUAUUUCUGAUAUAAAAAACAAAAACACAAAUCCUAGUAUAGAAGCUUAUGUGUCUUUGUUUGAAUGUUUCCUCUAAAUUAAACGUUUUCAUAUUAUGAUUUGUUUAAAUUAACACAUUCGCUGAUGUUACAGACGUGUUUAAUAUGUUAUAUGUACACCCUCUAUUCGAAUACUUAUGAAAUGCACACUGUUAUAUUUGGUAACAGUUACUUCUUUUCCCAUCGACCCCCAACCCCAUUCGAUGCGUUGUGGGUGGAGCUAUGUCUACAUAAGGGUGUUAAUCAAUAAAAACUCACAAAAGCUCUGACGUAGGCCGCGAGGCCGUUAUGUAAAGCUUAUUAAAGAUUAGUGAUACAAGCAAGAGCAU